CCCUCCCACUACCCCACCAAGCUCCAUUAAAAUACGGACGUGAAACCUUGCGCUCUGUUACGUUAGAGGUUAAGUUCCCGGGAAGUUUUGAACGAAGCGUACAAGCACGUCGACAGGAUGUCGAAAUCAAUGGGUAGGAAAAUGGCUAAGAAGCUAAUACAGAAGAUCGAUCACUCGUCGAAGUUGCGCGUGGACAUUCCCGCCGGGUUGGCGUCGUCCGCACCGCCGCUUGGAUCUCAGCUCGGACAGAGAAACAUAAACAUUGAGAAAUUCUGCAAAGAUUUUAACAAGAGGACAGCUGACAUCAAAGAAGGCAUUCCUCUACCUUGUCGCAUAAAGAUACAUUCGGACAGAACGUACGAUCUGGUGAUCCAUAAACCACCGACGACAUACUAUUUGAAACAGGCGGCUGGUAUACAAAAGGGAAAAUUUAAGAAGGGCGAAGUAGCUGGCAAAAUAACUCUAAAACAUUUAUAUGAGAUUGCUAAGAUCAAAGCGGAAGAUCCACCAAAUGCAUUAUUGUCCCUGGAACAGAUAUGUCAAAUGUUGGUUGGCAUCGCUCGGACAUGCGGCAUUGAGAUUGUGCGCGAAAUAAAUCCAGAGGAAUACGCGCAAUUUCUAAAAGAUAGGGAAGCAUCAUACGCACAGUUUCGUGAGGAACUUCGAUUAGCUAAAGAAAGCAAAGUACUCAGGACAAAUUAGUAAAUUUGUAAUCAGUGUAAUAAAAUCUGGUUUUUACUGUAAUUAGUGUACAUAUAAAAUAAAAAUCACGCG